CAAAUAUCACGUCACUGUUUGUCGUCAUGGCGUUUGCUUCAAUAAGUAAGUAAGGUCUUGGUAUAAUGCCUACAUCAAGCCAGGCUAUGAUUUUACGUAAUAUAGAAUCAAAAUACCAUAUACCAUUGAGUUCUUAUAGAGCAGGAUCCGCUUCUUGUUUUACGAAGCCUGCAGAGGUGAACAAUGUAGAUAUCAAUGAAUUAUUUGACAAAGCUUGUGCAUCUGAGGACGUUAAAUACUUGGAAGCAUACAUGCACGGCAACGAAAAUGAAAUACGUACAAAGAUGAGCAAGAUUUUAAAGUUGAAAGGUUUUAAAUCAAUUUUAUCCUACAACCCGCUUAUAGAUAGCUUUCAAUGGAAAUUCUAUAAAGAAACUGCCGACAGAGUCAGGCCGAAAACUGGAUGUUUAGUCCAUAGGAGUGAGAAUGAAAAUGGCGAACUUUAUAGACCAAAGUCGGCAGCUGUGGGAAUGCACGGAAGACAGGUUUCAUUUACAGAUGACGUUAAGACAGCUUCCGAGUAUAAGCUACCUGAAAACAUUCGGUCGUUAGGGUUUCGGGAUCCUUUCAGAGAAAAAGAAGCUAGAGCUAAGCCAUCAGCCACCCUGUUUAAAAAGAAUGCAUCAGAGAUCGAAGAUAAAAGUGAAACUCUCGUUACAUCUACAAAUAUAGAAGUCAGUGAGGUCAGCGAGGUUAAUGAGCCAGAUAUAGAUCUACUUAAAAGAUCGACGGGUGCCAAUAUGGAUGUUGAAGAAUCGCCAGCUCUGCCCCAAAAAUGGGAUACUAGUAAAUAUGAAGAUAGAUGCUACCCGGCUACACAUACACUCAAAAUACCUCCAGAAAAACAUCCUCUAGUGGUGUGCUUCAGUCUACCAGAAAAUGAAAAGUAUUCUCACAAAGAGGUAAAAGAUAUGCUGGUGAACGAAUUCAAUUGUGAUAUCACAAAACUACAGUUUGACCCAUUGUCUGUACGUGCUGGCGAUACUGUUGUGAGAAACAGAUGGUUGGUGGAAGUUUCAAGCAAGUUGGAAGCAGAUCACAUGGUUCGUGCUGGAUUCAGACUUGAUGAUGUCCAAAUUGUCAUAAAAUCCUUAGAUGAGAUAACAAGCAGAGAACACCAGACGUAUUUGUAUUUAGAAAAGAUAAGAGGCGAGAAAAGAGACUUGAAAUUACCGAUUUCUAUGAAAAAAGCGAAAUCUGCACCCAAAAUUAUGAAGACAGUAAAAGUAAAUUAAAAAAUAAAAUAAAUAUAUUCAUUGCA